GGAUUGGAGAGAGACACACACGCACACACGCGCGCACACACACACACACACACACACACGCACACAGAGACCAUCUGCAGUGUCAAUGCGGCGCCUGCUCUGAAGACUGAAGUGGGGGGAAAGGAGAGGAGAGAAAUAUAAUAUAUAUAUAUACAUAUAUGUAUAUAUAUAUAUACACACCAAAACCCACCCAAAGCAAGCCAGGAGCAUUCCCAGGACAGAAUCUGCCAGGGAAUUGGCGUUUUGAGGAGUUGUACAGCUUCUAAUCCUUGUUGCCUUGGGAAUACAAACCUCUCUAAUCAUGUCGCCGGCCAUGUGGAAAUGGACUUGCCUGGUUUCCCACCUCCUGCUGUCCACCACAGUGUCACCUCUGGGCAGACAGCAGCCACCCCAUCCAAAGAGGCCCUUCAUCACCUUCACUGCAGAGCAAGCAGAGGGAAACUUCAACCACUUGGUGGUGGACGAAAGGACUGGGCACAUUUACUUGGGGGCCGUCAACAGGAUCUACAAACUCUCCAGUGACCUGAAGGUCCUGGUGACCCAUGAGACUGGUCCUGACGAUGACAAUCCCAAGUGCUAUCCUCCCAGGAUAGUCCAAACCUGCAACGAACCCUUGACGCCCACCAACAACAUAAACAAAAUGCUCCUCAUAGACUACAAGGAGAAUCGGUUGAUAGCCUGUGGGAGUCUGUACCAGGGUAUCUGCAAGCUCCUGAGGCUGGAUGACCUCUUCAAGCUGGGAGAGCCCUUCCACAAGAAGGAGCAUUACCUCUCUGGGGUGAAUGAGAGUGGCUCUGUUUUUGGAGUCAUUGUUUCUUACAGCAACAUGGACGACAAGCUGUUCAUCGCCACGGCUGUGGACGGCAAGCCGGAGUAUUUCCCCACCAUCUCCAGCAGGAAGCUCACCAAGAACUCCGAGGCUGAUGGGAUGUUUGCAUAUGUCUUUCAUGACGAGUUUGUGGCCUCCAUGAUCAAGAUCCCCUCAGACACCUUUACCAUCAUCCCCGACUUUGAUAUCUACUACAUCUACGGCUUCAGCAGCGGGAACUUUGUCUACUUCCUGACUCUGCAGCCUGAGAUGAUCUCCCCACCCGGCUCCACCACGAAGGAGCAGGUUUAUACCUCCAAGCUGGUGAGGCUUUGCAAGGAGGACACGGCCUUCAACUCCUACGUGGAGGUGCCCAUUGGCUGUGAGAAGAACGGGGUGGAAUAUCGAUUGCUGCAGGCUGCCUACUUGUCCAAGGCUGGAGCCAUCCUGGCCAGGUCUCUGGGGGUUGGCCCUGAGGAUGAUAUCCUCUUCACAGUCUUCUCCAAGGGGCAGAAAAGGAAGAUGAAGUCCUUGGAUGAGUCUGCUCUUUGCAUCUUUGUCCUGAAGAACAUCAAUGACCGCAUAAAGGACAGGCUUCAGUCCUGCUACAGGGGAGAGGGGACGCUAGAUCUGGCCUGGCUCAAGGUCAAGGACAUUCCCUGUAGCAGUGCGCUGUUAACAAUUGAUGACAAUUUCUGUGGCCUGGAUAUGAAUGCCCCCUUGGGAGUAUCAUCCAUGGUGCGAGGGCUCCCCAUUUUCACUGAGGAUGGGGACAGGAUGACCUCGGUGAUUGCCUACGUCUACAAGAACCACUCCCUGGCUUUUGUGGGCACCAAGAGUGGGAAGCUCAAGAAGAUCCGUGUGGAUGGCACCACCAAGAACACGCUGGAGUACGAGAUCGUGCAGGUGGUGGACACUGGCCCCAUCCUCCGGGACAUGGCCUUCUCCAUGGACCACGAGCACCUCUACAUCAUGUCUGAGAAGCAGCUCACCAGGGUGCCCGUGGAGUCCUGCAGCCAGCACGAGACCUGCAGCGAGUGCCUGGGCUCGGGAGACCCGCACUGCGGAUGGUGCGUCCUCCACAACACCUGCACGAGGAAGGAGCGGUGCGAGCGCUCCAGCGAGCCGCGCAGAUUCGCCUCGGAGAUGAAGCAGUGCGUCCGCCUCACCGUGCACCCCAACAACAUCUCCGUGUCCCAGUACAACGUUCUGCUGGUCCUGGAGACCUACAACGUCCCCGAGCUGUCUGCAGGAGUCAACUGCACCUUCGAGGACCUCUCGGAGAUGGAUGGGCUGGUGGUGGGCAGCCAGAUCCAGUGCAUCUCUCCAGCUGCCAAGGAGGUGCCCCAGAUCAUCACAGAGAAUGGUGACCAUCACAUUGUCCAGCUGCAGCUCAAGUCCAAGGAAACAGGGAUGACCUUUGCCAGCACCAGCUUUGUCUUCUACAACUGCAGCGUCCACAACUCGUGCCUGUCGUGCGUGGAGAGCCCCUACCGCUGCCACUGGUGCAAGUACCGGCACGUGUGCACCCACGACCCCAGCUCCUGCUCCUUCCAGGAGGGACGAGUCAAGAUGCCUGAGGACUGCCCCCAGCUGCUGCAGGCCGAGAAGAUCCUGGUGCCCGUGGAGGUGAUCAAGCCCAUCACUCUGAAGGCCAAGAACCUGCCCCAGCCCCAGUCAGGCCAGCGGGGCUACGAGUGCAUCCUCAACAUCCAGGGCAGCGAGCAGAGGGUGCCGGCCCUGAGGUUCAACAGCUCCAGCGUGCAGUGCCAGAACACCUCGUACUCGUACGAAGGGAUGGAGAUUAACAGCCUGCCAGUGGAGCUGACAGUCGUGUGGAACGGGAAUUUCAACAUUGACAACCCAGCACAGAACAAAGUUCACCUGUACAAGUGCGGGGCCAUGCGGGACAGCUGCGGACUCUGCCUGAAAGCCGACCCCGACUUCGAGUGCGGCUGGUGCCAGGGGCAGAACCAGUGCACGCUGAAGCAGCACUGCCCAGCCCAGGACAGCCAGUGGCUGGAGCUCUCCAGCACCAAGGGCAAGUGCACCAACCCCAAGAUCACGGAUAUCAACCCCGUGACGGGCCCUCGUGAGGGAGGCACCAGAGUGACCAUCCGUGGGGAGAACCUGGGGCUGGAAUUCCGGGAUAUCGCCUCCCACGUCAAAGUGGCCGGCGUGGAGUGCAAGCCCCUGGUGGAAGGGUACAUCCCAGCAGAGCAGAUCGUGUGUGAGAUGGGGGAGGCCAAGCCCAGCCAGCACGCCGGAUUUGUGGAAAUCUGCGUGGCCGAGUGCAAGCCAGAGUUCAUGGCCAGGUCUUCUCAGCUCUACUACUUCAUGACUCUGACCCUCUCUGACCUGAAGCCGAAGCGAGGACCAGUGUCGGGUGGCACCCAGGUGACAAUCACAGGCAACAACCUCAACGCUGGCAGCAAUGUCAUUGUGACCUUUGGGAGACAGCCCUGCCUCUUCUACAGGAGAUCCACCAAGCACAUUGUCUGUAACACCACGGCCUCCUAUGAAGGCUUUGAGAAGGUGAAGGUGUCUGUGAGAGUGGACAAGGCCAAGAUACAUCAGGAGCUGCACUAUGAAUAUGUAGAGGAUCCCACCAUCCUGAGGAUCGAGCCUGAGUGGAGCAUCUUCAGUGGCAACACUCCCAUUGCUGUGUGGGGAACUCACCUGGACCUCAUCCAAAACCCCCAGAUCCGGGCAAAGCACGGUGGAAAGGAGCAUGUCAAUAACUGUGAGGUGCAGAACAGCACAGAGAUGACCUGUCAGGCCCCAGCUCUGGCUGUGGACCCCAAUCACCAGUCUGAGCUCGCCGAGCGCCCGGAGGAAUUUGGCUUCAUCCUUGACAAUGUGCAGUCCCUGCUGAUCCUCAACAAAACCAACUUCACCUACUAUCCCAACCCCAUCUUUGAGGUUUUCAAUCCCUCAGGGAUCCUGGAGCUGAAGCCUGGAAGUCCCAUUAUCCUGAAGGGCAGGAAUCUGAUCCCACCUGUGGCAGGAGGCAACGCCAGGCUGAACUACACCGUGCUGGUGGGGGAGAAGCCCUGUGCGGUGACCGUGUCAGACGUGCAGCUCCUCUGUGAGUCCCCAAACCUCAUUGGGAGGCACAAGGUGAUGGCUCGUGUAGGAGGGAUGGAGUUCUCCCCAGGGAUGGUGUACAUCUCCCCAGACAGCCCUCUGAGCUUGCCAGCCAUCGUCAGCAUCGCGGUGGCCGGCGGACUGCUCAUCAUCUUCAUCGUGGCCGUGCUCAUCGCCUACAAGCGCAAGUCCCGGGAGAGCGACCUCACCCUCAAGCGCCUGCAGAUGCAGAUGGACAACCUGGAGUCCAGGGUGGCCCUGGAGUGCAAAGAAGCCUUUGCAGAGCUGCAGACAGACAUCCAUGAGCUGACAAGUGACCUGGAUGGAGCUGGGAUCCCUUUCCUCGAUUACCGAACCUACACGAUGAGAGUGCUUUUCCCUGGCAUUGAAGAUCAUCCAGUCCUGAGGGAUUUGGAGGUCCCUGGCUACCGUCAGGAGCGGGUGGAGAAGGGCCUGAAGCUCUUUGCCCAGCUCAUCAACAACAAGGUGUUCCUGCUGUCGUUCAUCCGCACGCUGGAGUCGCAGCGCAGCUUCUCCAUGCGCGACCGCGGCAACGUGGCCUCGCUGAUCAUGACGGUGCUGCAGAGCAAGCUGGAGUACGCCACCGACGUCCUCAAACAGCUCCUGGCUGACCUCAUUGACAAGAACCUGGAAAGCAAGAACCACCCCAAGCUGCUGCUCCGGAGGACAGAGUCUGUGGCUGAGAAAAUGCUCACCAACUGGUUCACCUUCCUCCUCUACAAGUUCCUCAAGGAGUGUGCUGGAGAGCCUCUCUUCUCCCUUUUCUGUGCCAUCAAGCAGCAGAUGGAGAAGGGCCCCAUCGACUCCAUCACGGGGGAGGCGCGGUACUCGCUGAGCGAGGACAAGCUCAUCCGGCAGCAGAUCGACUACAAGACCCUGGUGCUGAGCUGCGUGAACCCCGACAACGUGAACAGCCCCGAGAUCCCGGUGAAGAUCCUCAACUGCGACACCAUCACCCAGGUCAAGGAGAAGAUCCUGGAUGCCAUCUUCAAGAACGUGCCCUGCUCCCACCGGCCCAAAGCUGCUGACAUGGACCUGGAGUGGCGGCAGACGAGCGGGGCGAGGAUGAUCCUUCAGGAUGAGGACAUCACCACCAAGAUAGAGAAUGACUGGAAGAGACUCAACACACUGGCACACUACCAGGUCCCAGAUGGAUCUGUGGUGGCUUUGGUCUCCAAGCAAGUCACUGCCUACAACGCAGUCAACAACUCCACGGUGUCCCGGACGUCAGCCAGCAAGUAUGAAAACAUGAUCCGCUACACAGGCAGCCCCGACAGCCUCCGCUCGCGCACGCCCAUGAUCACCCCUGACCUGGAGAGCGGCGUCAAGAUGUGGCACCUGGUCAAGAACCACGAGCAUGGAGACCAAAAAGAGGGUGACCGAGGCAGCAAGAUGGUUUCUGAGAUCUACCUGACCAGGUUACUGGCCACCAAGGGCACCCUGCAGAAAUUUGUGGACGACCUCUUUGAGACCAUCUUCAGCACUGCCCACCGUGGCAGCGCCCUCCCCCUGGCCAUUAAGUACAUGUUUGAUUUCCUGGAUGAGCAGGCAGACAAGCACAACAUCCACGACCCACACGUGCGGCACACCUGGAAAAGCAACUGCCUCCCCUUGCGGUUCUGGGUCAACAUGAUCAAGAACCCCCAGUUUGUGUUCGACAUUCACAAAAACAGCAUCACCGACGCCUGCCUGUCCGUGGUGGCUCAGACCUUCAUGGACUCCUGCUCCACCUCAGAGCACCGCCUGGGCAAAGACUCUCCCUCCAACAAGCUCCUCUACGCCAAGGACAUCCCCAGCUACAAGAACUGGGUGGAAAGGUACUACUCAGACAUCGCCAAGAUGCCAGCAAUCAGUGACCAGGACAUGAAUGCUUACCUGGCUGAGCAGUCCCGCAUGCACAUGAACGAGUUCAACACCAUGAGCGCACUCUCCGAGAUCUACUCCUACGUGGGCAAGUACAGCGAGGAGAUUCUCGGAGCCCUCGAUCAAGACGACCAGGCUGGGAAACAGAAACUUGCCUACAAACUUGAACAAGUUAUAACCCUCAUGAGCAUAGACAGCUGAGAACUGUCCUGCCAGGGACACCCUGGGAGGGAUAAACCAAGUCGUGCCUCACUCAAGAUCAUCAUCUUUACCAAGUGCAAGUUUUGAUGGGCUGUAAGCAGAGUCACCCGAACAGCGCUCCUCUCUCUCUCUCUCUCUCCUCUCCCUCUCUCUUUCUCUCUUUUCCUUCUCUUUCCAAAUCUAUGGACAAAGCAUCAGAGCCCCAGGGUUUAAAAGAAAAGACUGCAGAGGAAUCUUGGCUCUGGGGCCAUGAAGACAUCUGGGUGGAGCUCUCCUUUUCACAGCUUCCCCUCUGCCUUUUGCCCUAGAGAGAAACUAUUGAACACACGUGAAAACCCCACCAACCCUCGCCCAGCAUCGCAUCCUCACUCUGCAGAGGUGAAAUGGGGGGUAACUUCUGUCAUGCUGCUUUAACUGCCCUCCGAGGGCUGUAGCCUCUGGAGAGGACAUGGAAAUGAACUCAGUAUUACUCAAGUGUCCCCAAGGGGAAGGCAGCCUGCCUGCAGGGCUCCUGGAGGGCAGAGCCAUUGCAAUUCUAUCCCUCGAUAGCCACCCACUGGGAGAGGAGGCUCCCCGAAAAAUGCCACAGCUUUUGUCCAGAGCAGGGCCACCGUGGCUCAUCCUGCCUGUGUAAACAGCUGCUCUCCUGGGCCAGGGAAAGGGUCAAGAGGGGACGAGGAGACCGACGCUGCCCUGCCCAUGUGUUUCAUAUGGUUCUUCUUAUUUUCCCAAGAGCCGCGUGUCCCCCUCCGUCUUUCCCGUCGUGUCCUGUUGGUCGUAGCACUGCAGCAAAACGCUCUCUCUGCUGGGUGGCAUCCUGUCAGUGGUGGUGGUCCUGCUCCUCCCGGCCAUGGAGAGCACAGCAUCAUGCCCCUUGUUCCCACCUUGGCUUGGAAAGCAGGAGCCACAGGCCUCGGAUUGUUCCAGGCAAGGAGCUCAGCCUCAAAAGAAGAACCAGAAGGAUUUUUUGUUUUGUUUUGUUUUUUUAAGCUGUUCUUUCCAUUUUGUUUCCUCAACUGGAACACAGCUGUUGUUUUCCCACAGUGGAAUAUCAGAGGGUUACUGAAAUGCUUGCUGUGAAGUGAGGUGGUGCACGAGGCUGAUGGUGAAGCCUUCCUUCCAAGCUGCUCCUAAGAGGAAAUGUCACCACACACUUUGGAAGGAAAUCUUGGAGGAAAUCCAAAUGAAACACUGCAAAAAAAUUCUUCUACCUAGAUCCCCCCAGCUGAACUGCCUGUCUCCUGGAGGUCUCUGAACUGCUGUGAGCCCAUCUGCCUUUUGGUGCCAGCUCCUGGCCUUUCCUCUCCUCCAUUUCUGGAACCAACAGGCCUUGCUGAAGGCACAGUUGCUGCCUAGGAAGGAUUUUAUCUCUCUUUGCACUUCUUAUCCCUUCAGGGAUCGCUGUCACCAUGGGACAAUUGUGGGGGAUCACCCUGUCCCUGUGCCAUCCUCUGCUCAGCUUCUCCAGACCAUCUCAACUCGUUUUAUGGCCAACCAAAGGGGAGUGAGCUCCUGCAUCUCUUUUUGCCUUCAGCUGUUCCACUCACACGGCUGCCAGCCCAGAUAACACCAUGACCAGAGACCCUCCGGGUGUGGAGAACCUUCCUUGUUCCCCAGGGAGGCAAGAGCUGGGUCAACAUCCAUCUCUCCAGCCAAAAGCAUAGCUCCCUGGCAGAUGGAGGAGUGGCUGGAGGAUCAGCCCACAUCCACCUCACCCCAUCCUUGGAGCAACAGCCUGGAUCUGCUUUGCACCUGGAGGGAGGAAGGGGUGCAGGGUGUGUAAAGUGAUUACAGAGCGAGUUUGUUUGGGUUCAUUCCUGUCUCUUGCUGUCAAACCAGAACCUUUUGGGAGUGACAGAUCCCGGGUGUGCGUGAGGGAUGGUGUGGUGCAAGCAGGAGCCAGGCAGCGGGAGGGUUUCCUUCAGCCAGGCAGAUACACACGUAGGCGAGUCCAAAACCACUCAGUCCAACACUGGACGUGUCUGUGGGGAGAAAAAUCACCACAUUCACGUUGAAACAGCAAACUUAGGGACACGUCUUGGUUUUAAACCCCCCAGACAUUUCUUUCUUGAUUGCAAUUCCAAUUAUUUUGUGCGUGUGCGUGUGUAUCUGUGUGCGCGUGUGCGUUUCCUUCCUCUUUUUUAUUUUUGGUUCUGCUUGCUUUCUGUGGGAUUGCUGAGCUGAUGGACUCAUCAUGCACCUUAUGGACAUCUCAGCAGUUUUAAGAGGCCUGCGCAUUGGGGAUGGUUUGGGUUUGGUUGGUUCUGCCAUGGUUUUGUUGAUCCAUUUUAGUAAUGUCGGCGCAUGUUCCAGAUCCAUUGAUUAAUGGCUGUGAAAGUGGGAAGUCCCACCAGAGCCAGUGGUAAGAAAAUGACAACAAACAACACACAAACACAGUAUUUUU